AUGGCCCUUAAUGUACAGGUGCUGCGACGCAUAACUGGAGCAAGUGCAGUGCAAUCACUAAGGAAAUUGAGAAGUAAUAAGCAUCUCUACAUACAGGGUUGCGUUAGUGCCGCCAUAAUGAUUUUUACACUUUAUGCAGUUCAGUUUAUUCGCCUAACAACGACGAAACAUUUGAAAUACUUUCUGGACACUCUUGUCUGGGAGCUCGUUCAGAUGAGUAAUGGCAUUGUACUUAUCAUCUUCAACAAACCCUUUCGCGAUGUUUUCCGACCAAUGCUUUGCCUGAAUAGGCCACGAGCAGUGAAUCCGCGUACGGAAAUGACUUUUUCCUGA